AUGGCUUCAGCUCGAAAUCUUUGUCAACAUUCAGAUAUUGAUGGUAUUCAAUGUACAUCAAAUGAUUAUAUACUUUGUCCACAUUGUCAAUUACAGUUAUGUCUUAAACACUUAAAUUAUCAUCAAGAUUUACUUCGUCAAGAUUUAUAUUUAUUAUCUGAUAAUAUAAGUCGUGUCCGUUUAGAUCUUGAUAAUUUAAUAUUUGAUUCAACAAAUCAUCGUCAACAAUUAUUUCAAAAAUUAGAUGAUUGGUAUCAAGAACGAAUUAAUUCUAUAAAUAAAAUUUAUGGAGAAAAAAAACAACAAUUACAAAUAUUAUGUAUACAAGCACAUAUAGAAUUUGAUACAUAUAAAACAAAAAAAGAUAAACAAUUAAAAAAUAAUUUAAUAAAACAAUUAAAAAAAGUAUUUAAACAACAACAAAUAAAUGUUGAUGAUUUAAAUGAAAUGAAAAACAAAUUAGAUGAUAUUGAAAGAGGUUUAGAUGAACUUAAACGAUUACUUAUUGACAUUUAUCCUGAUAAUACAACUAUGGAUAUACAUGUUAUUAAAAGACGUUAUGUUGAAGCAGCAAAGUCAACAUUUAACGAUGAUGAUGAUAAUCUAUGGGAUACAGAUGAUGAAGAAGAACUUGAUGAUAAAGCAAAAUCAUUUGAUGAUAUUCAAAAUUUUGAUAUAUUAACAGAUUCUAUUCAAGAUCCUCUACCAUUAUCUGAUAUUAUUUCAUUAUCAUCAACAGUAUCUUCUUCGCCUAUUAUUUCUUCUUGUUCAACAUCACGAGUAACUACAAUUAUUAAAAAAGCACCACUAAAAUUUAUUAUUAAACGAUUACAACAACCACCAACUUCAAAUAAAAUCAAGUACGAAUUACAUACAGUAGCUACAUCAUCAGCACUUAGAACAUGA